CGGAGAUAUCUAUAAUCUAACAGAAGCAAAGCAAUAAUAAAGGUCGGAUUAUUGUGAUUGAAUUAUUUAUAGGGGAAGGGAGAGUAUGAGCCAGUUACGGAAACUAAAUUCAAAUCCUAAUUAAUUUCUCUUUAACGGUAGGGUUUGAUUUCGCCUAUUUUGGUUUGAUAUUUGGCAGGUUCUGGUGGUGUGUUUUUACAUUAAUAUCCUGGAGCUGUGUCGUGGUGGGUUGUUUUUUUUGCGAAUUUUGGUGAAGCAACACAGUUUAGGGCCUGUGACACCUCUGGGUUACUAGACGAUGGAACGGCGCCGUUUUGCUUAGGGGACAAAAUGUUUGGUUUGGUUUGGUUUCACUAGAGCUGGGCAUUUCAUCGGAAACUCCAGCGUAGCUCUCUCCAUCUCCACAGCAGCUCCUUCCCAUCCGUCUUCUCUCCAUUCAGAUUCUGAACAACCGUACGGAAAACCAAAAAUCGCCAAAUUCCAAAACCAAGAAAGUGCUGCCUAAUCCUCAUCCUCCUACUCCAUCUCGUUGAUUUUUUCCAAUUAUAGUUCCAGUCAAGGUUCUUCAUUACCACUGGCCCGGAACACCACCACAGAAGGAGGUAGAACGAUCGAAAACAGGCGAAGUCGCCCCACCGUUGCCGCCGGUGUCGAGUUUGUUUCCGGCCAAUUUCGGUCACCUCUGUCCGCGAUCUAUCUUGCAAAAGGUAGAUCUCGUCCUCCUCUAUCGUUCCCUUAGAAGACCCGACCCAGGCAAGUUGUGUGUAUUGAAUACCUGGAUACAUAAUCAUGGAAGAAUUGUCAAAAGGAUUCUUGGAUUGCAAUGGCAGCUUCUGCAAAGACUCUAACUGCUGAAAGCCAUACUUUAAAUGGAGACUGGACAGUUGUUUCAUCUCGUCGUGGAAGACAAAGAAGAAAUCCUCCAAAAAUUACAAUUCGAGUACAGAAGCAACCAUCGCAUUGGGCUCCAACUGAUCUCGAAAUCAAUUUUGCCCGAGAAUCAAAAUUGAUGCAGAAGAUGCAGAUCUCUAUGAAGAAAUUGGAGAUGUCUCAAUUCUUUCUUAAUUUACUGGAUGAAAUGCAAGCUCCAGAAAUGAUGAAUUACUUCCAUAGGGUUUUGAGCUCGGAGUUGAAGAUGAAGAUGAUUAUAUAUGGCAUAGGCAGCAUUGAAUCAUAUGAAUCCCCUCGGUUGCAGUUGAGCCUUGCCAUCUUGCUGAAGAGAAAGUUCAAUUGGAUUGGAGAUAUAGAGGUCUUUGAUCCCAUUCUUUCUGCCACAGAAUCACGGGUUUUGGAAGCUCUCGAAUCUUCUGUGUUAUCGAUAAAUGAACAAGGUCGGCGUCAGGCUGAGAAACCUACAAUGUUCUUCAUGCCACAUUGCGAGGCAGAGCUAUAUGAUAAUCUUCUACAAGCGAAUUGGGAAGCACGGCUUUUGAAUUGUACAGUAUUGUUUGGGAAUAGCUUUGAGACAUAUGAGCAGCAUCUAUCAGAGUAUAAGAAUUCAGCUAUUGUUGAUUCGACAAGGCAUAUCUUGGCUGUUCGAAAAUUCACAGAUGAGUUUAGGAUUAAGACAAUUUCAGAUACUUAUUUCAGUGCCUUUCAUGAUUCGAGUUGGCAUUUUUUCAAGCCUGUCCUUGAGACAGAGCUGCAGUUGAGCAAUUUGUAAUUGUGAGUUGUUGAGAAAUUUCGUGAUGAUUGAAACGUAUUAUCAUUUUUAGUACCCCAUGCCCUAUUGCAAAAGUUUCAAGUGUUGGUAUUAUCAGUGCCUUUCAGAAAUUUCCUGA